AUGCAUGUAUGUGAUCUGCAGAAGCUAGUCAGGAUCCAACUUGCAUUUAAUACAUUUCCAUAGAUGUUCAGUUGCCUUUUUCUGCCAACUCCUGAGCUUUCAUCCAAGAGAAAUCAGUGUUUGCUUUGCAAGAAAAAGUAUCUCGAAGGAGAGAAGAUUCAAGGAGGAACUGAAAUAGAGAGAGGGUCCUUUGCAAACCAGUAUCAAACAGAUCCCAGUCACUUGUAACGUCUGCCCUGCCAUUGGAAUAACAUAAUGAGACUCCUGGGCAACCCAGAGAGAAGUGUAAAUAACAGCAGUUACUAAUAAGAACACCGUUGAAUUUUGAAACACUUUUGCAUGCUUUAAUUUCUCCACAUUUUAAGUAAUUAUACUAAUUAUGAGAGUGCUGUGUGUAAACCCUAUUAGUUGUUUGGUCACAAAUAAGAACAAAAGUCAUUUCAAAUAUA